GUAGCAAUACACAUGAAAAGAAAAGGGGAGUGGAACAAGCACGAUAUCGUGUUUCAUCAGGAGUUCGUGACAUCUCCCGAGUUGGAGAUACGGACCAACGAGCCUGGGUUCAUAGGCGCCUAGCGGACUAUAAACCGGUCCCGCACGCUUGCGAAUGAGGACAGCGGGCCACAGUCGGAACAACACCGUCAUCUUACAGGCCGAUAUUGCGGCGACAGUUGCACGCCACAAAUCCUGUCGGUCCUACAGACUCACCCGCUCCACGCAUGGGCCUUGUGCACAGCAAGAGUGCAUAUUGCAUGCCACGAAAGGAAAUGUCUGGCCGGGUAUACACCAUAUGGUUCGAUAGACGACUGCCGCUCUGGACCCCCUUUCACGUUCGGAGGCUCCUUUGCACCACUGCCUGCCCUUCUGUUCGCCCCGCCAGCUAUGAGGGAUCCCCUCAACCCCCGCACAGACUGAUUUGCAAUGUGGCAAGCCACCUCCUCAUCCGCUGCAGUCACGACAACGGGACAAGCCCGCCCCAUUCGCAAAUCUCGCUAAAGGUUUCCCAAACCUUCAAAACCCCGGUCCUCCAGGUCCAUGUGGUCACCUGCGAUGGUCGCUUGCACGCGGUAGACAUCCUCGCAGUCCGCGAGUAUGCUAUCGACCCGCGAUAUCGGAUUGGAACGAGACCCAGUUGCGAGACAGAAGGGCUUGGACAGCUGAGACGGACGCCGGCUCACACUCGACCCGCUUCCCCAGAAGAAUCAGAAGAGCUACAAGAAGACCGGAGUCGUAGCAUGGAGGACCGUGCACGCGUCUCUCGAAGAUUGAUCCCGCAAGCGACCCCAUGCGGACUCGGGAUCCAAGCGACCACGGCGCCUUACCAAGCUUUGUGCUGCCACCGCUGCUCGUGGAGGAUGUCGGCGAGAUACGGGCUCGGGAUGCAGCACACUUGUCCGCCACGAGCUCAGCACCACGGACGUAUCCCGGCGCAGAGGACGACGCCGGUGGACGAACAAAGGGCCGGAAUACGCAUCGUGAGCCCCCCGCGGAUCGUCGAUGUGCCCGAACGCGGCGGGGUGCUCGCAGACGGCGGCCGCGGCGGCCCUCGCCUCGCUGUGCAGCUCUCGCUCGGCAUCGUCACGAGAUUCGGGGUCUUUGCGCAGGAGGCGGAGGGUCGUCCCCGUGCACGGCCCCCACUUGCUGAUGAAGUGGUACGCCUGGGAGCAGUCCAGCCCAGCCUCCUUCCUAUUGACAAGUCGAAUAUAUGAGCAAGAUGCGUAUCAGCAUAAAACGACUGACGAGAUGGCCUCUAUCUCGAGCGGGGUCGGCAGGUCUGAGACCACGACCUCGCCAUCGCGCUGCUCAAUCGACUCCUUCCAUCUGUAGGACCUUGGCGGCGAAGCCUGGAUUUAGGCGUGCGGGGGAGCACCGGAAGGCCGCGCAUGGACUGAUGACGGUAACAUUGGAAUCCGCCAGAGCCCAGUACUGGUGGUCGAAGGUUAAGAUUGCACGGUCAUCGUACACGGCCGCGCCGUCGGCGUUGAAGGCAACGAUGUUGAUGCCCAAUUGGAUUACCGUGGGGCAAUUUGUGCUCUAGACGGUAGUGGAGCAGGUAGAGGAGGAAGAUGGUCUUGCCAAUUCCCGGCUGGCCUGUGAUGACCAUCGCAUCCUGAGUGUGUUCUGCAAGUAUCCAGUUUCAAUGCUCUCUCCGAGCCAGAUGUAUUCGGGACGGACGACGACCACAUCCAGGAGUGCGGAUUUCCACCACAUGCCUGCAUGACCGAGCGGAUGUUGUGCAGACAGGCGUAUUCCCACUCGAGUUGGGGACUGUCGCCAUCGCGGACGGCGACGGGGACGCCGCUCUCAUCAGCAUCGCUGUCGAAGCUGGGCUGGGGCUGGUACCAAUAUGUCUUCAUCAGGAGAGAUGUCAGCUAUAGAGAUCUUCACUGUGGAGCGGUCGGGCCAGGGAUGCCCCCAUGCUUUCUCCCACAGUUGUGUAGCAAGUUGGAUGUUGGGGUUAGGAGAAGCAGUGGCCAUUUGUCAAGCUUGUCCCGGCGAGAUGGUUAUGGACGCCGGCUUAUGUAUCUGAUUUGAUUAGCCACGCCUGACUCUUAAUGAGUCGCGCCUGGUGUCUGCUCUGUGGUGUUUGCAGGAGCACAGGCAACGUGCAUGUCC